AUGGGUGAGCGCUCUCAUCCGCCCUUCUCCAGUGAGCCAAAGGUUCAGGCUCUCCGCUUCAGCUCAGACGCGCCUGUGAGUUCAUGCGAGCUGUCUGCCGGUGAGUCGAACAGCAUGCGCUGCCGCUCAGAUGCUGCCAGGGACCUCGAGAUGCCCAUGACAGCUACCUGCGCAUGCUUGACGCUCUUUCACGCCUACAUGAGCGCAAGUGCGAAGCAUCAAGAGAUGGCGAGCCAGGAUCAUCUCAAGCUGCUCAAGCCAGUGGAAUGCGCAGUAGAGAACUGGCGACUCGAGUGUGCGGCUUGUGUGCUCAUAGCAUCCAAGGCCAAUGAAGUUUCUCGGAAGGAAGCGAAGACGCUGGAGAUCGAUGAAUCUUUCUGGAAGAUCAGAGACGGCGUCAUUGCAUAUGAGCAGCACAUUCUGAGAAACAUCGGAUUCAACGUGAAGCCUACGCUUCCCUUUCCUUUCCUCCUCAACUACCUCAAGGCAUUGUCAGCACCACAACCUGUAGCUCGCACAGCUUAUGCUAUCUUGAUUGAAACCUUCGACCUUCCUCUCUGUCUGAAGCAUGAAUCGCAUGUUAUUGCAGCUGUGUGCAUUCACUUGGCGUGUUUGAUUCAUGGUUUCAACCCUCCAACUGGCAAAAGUGCUGAUGGGUCUGUGAUACGAUGGAAUCAUGUCAUCUCAGUGACUUCGGGGACUCUGGAGGAGGUCGGUCUAGUCGUGCUGGGUUAUCUGGAGUCUCUGGCAGCGCUACAUCAGCAGUACCCGGUGGUGAGGGACAACAAGUUGGGAAAUCAUUUGAGCAACAGCACUUGA